AUGGCUGACAAGCAAACCGGCCCUAUCCAUGAACACGAGAGUUUUUUCGACAGGAUCCUUCAUCGCCACAAGAACGAGGACAAGCACGAGCAAGAGCAUGAGCAUGAAGCUAAGGAUCCCUCCAAGGAUUCACAAAAGGAGGGUGAGAUGGACAAGAUAAACGACCACAUGAAGAAGGAUGAUGCCAAGUUCAAGGACUACAUGCACAAGGAAGGAGAGUUGGAAGCCGAGGGCGAGACCUAUGAUCAUCUGAUGUAG